UCUGUUUCAGCUGUUCGCUGAGCGAGCGCAUCACAGCAUUGAGCAUCCACAAGACAGUUCUACCUUUGAAAAUAUGUCAGGCAAAACCAAAGAUACUCGAAUUAACAUAACUUCCAAUCCUAUCUCGUCAGAUUUAUCUUCGUCAGAGAGGAGUAGUUCUCGUUCAAGACCACAUCACCAUCGCUUGUUACACAAAAAUGGCAAAGUAAAUUUGCGGCCCUACAGAGUUCCGCUGAAGAAAGAACGCUUUUUGGCAGAUUUCUUCACAUCUAUAAUUGACGCUAAGUGGCGAUGGGUCAUAGCGAUUUACUCAGCUGGUUUCAUCUUCAGCUGGUCGUUUUUCGGCACAGCCUGGUUUGCGAUUUUCUGGCUCCGUUUGCACUACGAUAAUGGGACCGUUUGUGUGGACAAUGUAGAUUCUUGGACAUCGGCUUUCUUGUUCUCAGUGGAAACUCAAACUACCAUUGGUUAUGGUGGACGACAGAUAACCCCACAAUGCCCUGAGGCCGUGGUUUGUCUUCUGCUCCAGUCUCUCACCGGCUUUCUUUUGUCUACGUCACUGCUUGGCCUCGUUUUCGCCAAACUUUCCCGACCUCGUCCGAGGGGCCAAACGGUCAUUUUCUCGAAGCACGCAGUCGUGGCGCCAUACGAUGGACUCUUGUCGUUGAUGUUUCGGGUCGGCGACGCGCGCAAGAGCCAAUUGUUAGAUGUGGCAAUAUCUCUUCACUGCUUUUGCUUUCGGACCACAAAGACUGGGGAGGAAAUUUUAUUCUCCCAAACGGAACUUCCCAUCACAACUGAGCAUGGGAGCGAGGUCGGCGAACUCAUCAAACCGUUUCUGUUACUUCCCUUGACAGUAGUGCAUGUCAUUGACGAGCGCAGUCCGCUGUACGAGCUUGGGCCGCAAGAGCUUGCGAAUUCCCGUAUGGAAUUCAUUGCUGUCUUAGAGGGCGUUGUGGAAUCAACGAGCAUGGUUACCCAGGCAAAGACUUCAUUCUUAGCAGAUGAAAUUCGUUGGGGUCGGCGGUUUCUCCCAAUCUCUCUGCAUCGUGAUAACAGAACAGACCUAUCGUCUUUUGAUACAACAUAUAAAGUGAAAACACCUCAAACGUCACCCAAGGAAUAUGAGAGAUCAAACCGAAAAAAGAUCAAACAUCAAGAAUAUGAGAAGACGACGACAGAAAAGACAGAGGUGGAAACUGAAAAUGGCGACUGUCAUGUGAGUGUUGAGCCAAUUAACGGUUCAUCGACCGUGAGUUCAACCACCUAUUGUCAGAAAAACUGUAACUGCGAUGUCGCUCAGACAUAAGAUGUACAGAUGCCCGUAAAGCAGGACAUUUGCGGAGAACGCUGGUCCAGUCUAAGAAAAGACUUGAUCGAAGCCGCAUUGGAGGUCUUAAGAGUUAAUAGCGUUAACUCUGUUUCAAUCACUAUUCCGUCAGGAAUAUCCAAAGGAGGCUCAGCAAAGGAGAGAGAGGCAACCCAGGAGUGAACGAAAAAUUGCAGAAGGUCAAUUGUCGCUCCUGGAAAAAGAUGUUUCCCGCUUCAAUGACUGCUUAAAAAUCCCUCUCGUCAAAACGUUGUUAAACGAAGGAUAUAGAAAAACUGAUAAAAAUUAAAAAAAAAAGAAAGAAUGAAAAGAAAAAAAGGAAAAGCUUG